GUGCAGCGACAGCGCCAUACGCACAAGCUGUCGUACUUAUUAUAUUCCAAGUAGCACAUGCGAAUUGCUAGAAAAAGCUCGGUGGUCGUGAUCCUCCUUUUCGAAUAAAAAGUACUAGUAAGUACAACCUUGCAAGCUGGGUAGUUGCCAGUAGGUCUCGCAUCCAUGGCUGCCCCUCCUAGUCCUCGGCCUCCUGUCAUGGUGCUUCCCUUCCCUGCACAGGGCCAUGUCAUGCCCCUCAUGGAGCUCUCCCACCGGCUCGUCGCCCACGGCCUCGAGGUGGACUUCGUGAACACGCACUACAACCACGACCGCGCCCUCAAGGCCAUGGCCGUCGAGAGAGGAGCCGUUGACCCCGACGGCAUGCACAUGGUCUCGCUCCCGGACGGCAUGGGCCCCGACGGCGACCGCACCGACAUCGCCUUGCUGGGCAGCGGCUUGCCGGCGGCCAUGCUCGGACCCCUCGAGGAGAUGAUCAGGUCCAAGAAGAUCAAGUGGGUGAUCGCCGAUGCGUCCAUGUGCUGGGCGAUGGAGCUGGCCGCCACGGCCGGCGUCCGCGUCGCCCUGUUCUCGACUUUCUCGGCCGCCGUGUUCGCGCUCCGGCUGCACGUGCCCAAGCUGAUCGACGAUGGCGUCCUCGACGAGUCUGGGAACGUGAAGAGGAACGAGACGAUCCAGCUGAGCCCCAAGAUGCCGCCGAUCGAGGCUGCCGAGCUACCAUGGGUCUGUGUGAGCAGCUUGCCGGAGAGACGCAGGUUGAUGAUUCAGAUCUUGCUCAAGACCAACCCGGUGAUACUGCUGGCCGCCAUCGUCAUCUGCAACACGUUCGAGGGGAUCGAGUCGGAGGCGCUGGAUCUCGUCCCCAACGCGCUGCCCGUCGGCCCCCUGGAAGCGCCGGCGGCGUCGAGGUCAGCCGGCCAACUCUGGCCAGAGGACCUUGUCUGCCUCCCCUGGCUCGACGCGCAGGCUCGCGGCUCGGUCAUCUACGUAGCGUUCGGGAGCUUCACCGUCUUCGACGCGGCGCGGAUCCAGGAGCUCGCCGACGGGCUCGAGCUCACGGGCCGGCCUUUCCUUUGGGCGGUCCGGCCGAACAUCACCGCCGGAAUCGGAGAAGAUUGGUUCGACGCGUUCAAGCGCCGCGUGGAGGGGAAGGGGCUGGUGGUGGGCUGGGCGCCGCAGCAGCGCGUGCUCUCGCACCCCGCCGUCGCCUGCUUCGUGUCCCACUGCGGGUGGAACUCGACCAUGGAAGGCAUGCUGCACGGGGUGCCGUUCCUCUGCUGGCCCUACUUCGCCGACCAGUUCGCCAACCAGAGCUACAUCUGCAACGUGUGGGGCACCGGCGUCAAGGUCCACGCCGACGAGAGAGGGGUGGUCACCAAGGAGGAGAUCAAGAACAAGGUCGAGCUGCUGCUGGGUGACGAUGGGAUAAAGGCAAGGGCGGCUACGUGGAAGGGCGCGGCGUCUGCCAGCAUCGCACAGGGAGGCUCGUCAGAUCACAACCUGCUCAAGCUUGUGAAAUUUCUAACACAACAAUAGUCUUCAAAUAACGUACUAAUAUUUCUUCAAUAAAGUCCCUAGAUUUUCCGCUCGAGCAAGGUUUAAUUCAACGUUUUGUGCUAAAGUCGAGGCAAAUGCAAAUAUGCCAAAUCGCAACUGAGGAUUUCGAUCCAACAGUUGGUUGAAAUCGACUGCAGAAAUUUUCAUGUAAUCGUGCUCUAGGCACUCUCUUAUUUCUAGGGAAAUUAUAUGUUGUGAUAACCAACGUAGCUUGAAUAUUGAAGAGCU